AUGAUGUCAUUUACCAAAAUAUUAAGUAUUUUUUUGUUAAUUGCUGCUACUACUAUCAAUAUAACAAUAGGGCAAAUGAUUAAACAAUGUGUUUGUAGUGAAAUUCAACCAUGUUUAGGUAAAUUUUCAGAUUCUGUUAUUGUUUGUGCUGAUCAAUGUCAACAUCAUAUUGCUAAGACUGGUGCUAAUUAUCAAGCUUUAAGGUCAUGUAUCCUUAGUAAAGAACCAAUGAUAAAAAGUACUAUUAAAUGUCAAAAUGAUAAGUUAUCUGAUACAUGUGCAAAAAGACCUGGAAAUAUGGUUAAAAAAAGAUAUGAGGAAACAAUUAAAAUUGCUGCCAUAAGUGAAAUUAACAAAAUGCUUAGUUCAAGUGGAGUUUUAUCACAAGUUAAACCAUUACUUGGUGUUGGUAAAAAAUUCUAUGGUUGUGUUGCUAAAUGUAUGAAAAGUAAAGCUGGUAAUUGUCAAGAUAAUUGUGGUUUAGAUCUUCCAUCUGAUACUGUUAUGGUUCAACAAACUAAACAAUGUGCAAAAGCUUCUGGUUUUUCUACACCCGUUGUUAGAGAUCUUUGUGGAUGUGCUGUCAAAGCAGGAUUAUCACAAUUAAAUGGUGUAUGUGAUAAAAUUGUUAUUAGUUAA